CCUACAAAAACGGUUAUUCUGUUAUUUAACAGUUCAUCAAAAUGUCCGGCAGCUCUGCACCUCUCAGCUGGGGCGGGCAAAUGGUGCAACUAUCCACCAAUAAGCUGAGACUGAAAACCUGCCUGACAAAGAUCUCUACCCACACAAGGAGAACCCGAUUUCAUCACAAUGGGCAAAGAUUACUACAAGAUUCUGGGCAUAGAGAGGAAUGCGUCCAGCGAAGACGUCAAGAAGGGAUACCGCCGGAUGGCGCUCCGAUAUCAUCCGGAUAAGAACGACCAUCCACAGGCCGAGGAGCAGUUCAAGGAGGUCGUAGCCGCUUUCGAAGUCCUGUCCGACAAGGAAAAGCGCGAUAUUUACGACCAGUUUGGGGAGGAGGGUCUGCGAUGCGGUGACGAGUCGGCGACCUUCGCCCAGCCCACGUCCGAUAUGCUGCCAUUCAUGUGUGCCGUCGGUGGAACCGUUUUAUUCGCAUUUGCUGCCUACAAGACCUUCCAGUUCUUCACCCGGAAGAAGGAACCGGCCGCUAACAGCGACGGAUCGUCCUCGGAGUAACUUCAGGACGCUUAAGCAAAGAACCUGCAGACUAAGUGAUACUGUUUACUGUAAUACUUAUAGGAAUAAUGUAUAGACCUCUAUUUAUAAACUGUUUAAUAGGUUCUUGCUGUUAUUUUUUUUUAAAUUGUUAUCUAAGUAAAUCAAAUAUGCAACAGCUGUACCAUAAUUCAUAAA